CUUGUAUAGACUAUAAAACAUCUCCGAAAAAGAUGAAUUGCCUCUGAUGUUUGCAGAGAGCUUGAGCUACAUUUCUUGAUGGCUUCAACUGCGUAGCAGAUUCUUAAAUUUCUAAAUUUAAAGCAACGAAAAAAGUCGGGAUGCAUUCCUAACGCAGUAGUUCCCCGAGUCUUUGUCAAGUGCAAUAAACACGCACAAAAAUGUCCCUCUAAUUCAUCAUUUACCAAGGCGGAGCGAAAUAGGCUCCAUUCUUCCCCAUUGAAUGGCGUGAUUGUAACAUGCAGAGUGGCGCGUGUUUAUUAAGGCGACAAAUCUAACAAAAGAAAAUUAUCAUAAUGACACAAAUCAUUUACUGCACACAUCUUGGGGCUUUUAGUAUCUGCUGCUACUAUUUACAGUUCUCAAAAGCCAAUCCUUAUUUCCCUUCUUCCCUCUCCUCGGAGUCUCUGCUUUAUGAAGGACAAGUGACCCAACCAGACUCUGACCCAAAAAUAGUUGGUUGCGGGUGUUAUCCGUAGGUUAAGGAGCAGGUGGUGAGUUUUUGGCGAUUUAAUGAUGGCUGGUUUAAAAGAGGACCCAGUUCUUGGAAUUGACGAUAUAAUAGAAACAAGUGAGGAUGCGGAAGUUAGAGACAAAUUGAGAGAGGAGGGUGGUCAAAGUGACCGAGAGAUGUCUCCUGCUACUGGUAAUUCAAUUCACAGGUCUGGUUCUAGACCCCAGUUAGACCUGAGCAAGGCUGCAAUUCAAGGGAAUUCCGAAGAGAGGGAUCCGACAAUUCUUUUGCCUAAUCAGUCUGAUGACAUAUCUCAUUUGGCUCUUGAUAUUGGAGGAUCUUUAAUCAAGUUGGUCUAUUUUUCAAGACAUGAAGAUCGAUCAAUAAAUGAUAAAAGAAAGAAAACAGUUAAGGAGAGAUUAGGUAUUUCUAAUGGUAAUAGGAGAAGUUACCCUGUUCUUGGUGGGAGGCUACAUUUUGUGAAGUUUGAGACGAGCAAGAUUAAUGAGUGCUUAGACUUCAUUUCUUCCAAGCAGCUUCACCGUGGAGGAAUUGAUUCACAUGGUUGGCUUUUUGAGGCUCCAGUCAAUGACAAUGCUAUAAUCAAGGCCACAGGUGGUGGGGCAUACAAGUUUGCGGACCUUUUCAAAGAGAGGCUUGGUGUUAGUUUGGACAAAGAGGAUGAGAUGGACUGCCUUGUGGCAGGAGCAAAUUUCUUGCUUAAGGCUAUUCGCCAUGAGGCUUUCACGCACAUGGAAGGUCAGAAAGAGUUCGUUCAGAUUGACCAUAAUGAUUUAUUCCCUUAUCUUCUUGUUAACAUUGGAUCUGGUGUUAGUAUGAUCAAGGUUGAUGGGGAUGGAAAGUUUGAGCGCGUUAGUGGGACAAACGUUGGUGGUGGUACUUACUGGGGAUUGGGAAGGCUGUUAACCAAAUGCAAGAGUUUUGAUGAGUUGCUAGAGCUGAGUCAAAGAGGAGAUAAUAGGACUAUUGACAUGCUCGUUGGUGAUAUUUAUGGUGGUAUGGAUUAUAAUAAGAUUGGUCUCUCGGCAUCAACCAUUGCUUCUAGUUUUGGCAAAACUAUUUCUGAAAAGAAGGAACUUGAAGACUACAGACCAGAGGAUAUUUCCUUGUCCCUUCUGCGAAUGAUUUCAUAUAAUAUUGGACAGAUUUCCUACUUGAAUGCGCUUAGAUUUGGGCUUAAGCGCAUCUUCUUUGGAGGUUUUUUUAUAAGAGGCCAUGCUUAUACCAUGGAUACAAUUUCCUUUGCUGUUCAUUUCUGGUCAAAGGGAGAGGCACAAGCAAUGUUUUUGCGGCAUGAAGGCUUUCUGGGUGCGUUAGGAGCAUUUAUGAGCUAUGAAAAGCAUGGUCUGGAUGAUUUGAUGGUUCAUCAGUUGGUUGAAAGGUUUCCGAUGGGUGCCCCAUAUACUGGUGGAAAGAUUCAUGGGCCUCCACUUGGAGACUUGAAUGAGAAGAUUUCGUGGAUGGAAAAGUUUGUUCUGAAAGGAACUGAGAUCACUGCUCCUGUACCUAUGGCUCCACCUGGAACCACUGGACUUGGUGGCUUUGAGGUUCCUUCAUCCAAAGGUGGUACGCUGCGCUCUGAUGCAAGUGCAUUAAACAUCGGCGUUCUCCAUCUUGUACCUACCUUGGACGUGUUUCCUCUAUUGGUGGACCCUAAAAUGUACGAGCCAAACACUAUUGAUCUCUCAGAUCACAACGAAUUAGAGUACUGGUUCACUGUGCUGUCUGAGCAUCUGCCAGAUCUCGUUGAUAAGGCGGUGGCAAGUGAGGGCGGAACAGAUGAUGCUAAAAGAAGGGGUGAUGCUUUUGCUCGUGCAUUUUCUGCUCACUUGGCAAGGUUGAUGGAGGAGCCUGCUGCAUACGGGAAGCUAGGUUUGGCCAAUCUAUUGGAACUAAGAGAAGAGUGCCUAAGAGAGUUCCAUUUUGUUGAUGCUUAUAGAAGCAUAAAACAGAGGGAAAAUGAGGCAUCACUAGCUGUAUUGCCCGACUUGUUGGUGGAGCUUGAUAGUAUGACAGAGGAGACAAGGUUGCUCACCUUAAUUGAGGGCGUCUUAGCUGCAAACAUAUUUGAUUGGGGCUCUCGUGCCUGUGUGGAUCUGUAUCACAAAGGAACAAUUAUUGAGAUUUAUAGAAUGAGUCGUAAUAAAAUGCAAAGACCUUGGCGAGUGGAUGAUUUUGAUGUAUUUAAAGAGAGAAUGCUGGGUGCUGGAGAUAAGAAGCCCCACCCACAUAAGAGAGCUUUACUCUUUGUGGACAACUCUGGUGCUGAUGUUGUCCUGGGGAUGCUUCCCCUAGCACGGGAACUCCUCCGACGUGGCACUGAGGUUGUUUUGAUUGCAAACUCCCUUCCAGCACUAAACGAUGUGACUGCUAUGGAGCUACCUGAUAUCAUUGCUGAGGCUGCAAAGCAUUGUGACAUUCUUCGCAAAGCUGCUGAAGCAGGAGGCCUCAUUGUGGAUGCGAUGAUCAAUACUUCAGAUGGUUCAAAAGAGAAUUGCUCCUCAGUUCCCUUGAUGGUUGUCGAGAAUGGUUGUGGAAGUCCAUGCAUAGAUUUGAGACAGGUCAGCUCUGAGCUUGCCGCUGCUGCAAAAGAUGCUGAUUUGAUCAUCUUGGAAGGGAUGGGCAGAGCUCUCCACACCAAUUUCAAUGCUGGGUUUACAUGCGAUGCUUUGAAGCUGGCAAUGGUGAAAAAUCAGAGAUUGGCAGAAAAAUUGGUCAGAGGAAACAUAUAUGAUUGCGUCUGCAGAUAUGAACCAGCUAGUUGAGAGCUUCCAUUUAAGUUAUCCUUCUCCAGUGUAUCAUCAUUUUAACCUGUGCUAGGCAACUGUUGUUCAGAAACAUAGAAAACACGACCGUGAAGAUUGACACGCGGGUCUCAUCUUAGCCUGGUUGGAGGUCAGCCCCUUGAAGAGACUGAUGAGUUCAAUCCUAUCACUAUCAGUAGGAAGGCAAAAUAAAUAAAAGGAAAAACAGGAAAUUCAGUAGUUUUUAACUCUUUCAUUUGGUUAUAAAAAUAUAGCAUACCCUGUUAAACUAGUCAAUAUAGAUUGCGGCAAUGUUGCACCUUGACGAAGGUGUGAGCGACUCUACUCUUGAACUGGCACUGUAAAAACGACGGAAGCUGGACUCUACUCUUUACCACCCCCUAUGAGACGAGGGAUUAAUUCAGUCUCCAACUCCAAAUAUCUCAA